AGCUCCUCCGUCGGGUCGUUAUUAUUAUGAGCUCAGAGGUUUUCAAACAUGAAAACUUUAUUAAAACCAAAUGUGAGACACAACUGAAUAUUUCAAUCUGAUGUGAAGGUGUAGUCAUUAAAGAUGACAUCAUGGGGUUAACAUUGAUGACGAUGCUUCAAGAAAGAGAACUUGAGAGAGAAGGUGAAUAUCGGUGCAUUUUAAAGCUGUUUAAGGACUUCUGAAAGACUUCUGAGACUGGUCCUUCCCCCCUCACACACUCACACACACACACACACACACACACACACACACUCACACACACACACAUACAGUGAAUCUGCAUCAGAUCCGGGAGGGCUGUCUGCAGAUCGGGGCUGGGCCGGGUGUAUUUCAGGAGCUCGUCAGCCCAUUGGUCUGACCGGGAAUCCACUUCCAUAAAGAGGAUCUGAGCAUUUUGCUGAGACAUGACAAUCCAGCAUAUAUACCCUUUUUCAUAUUUCACUGUCUGUGGCUUUGGCAGUGUCUCCUUUUCUUCCACCAAGUGUGAUUUGCGCUCUUCUUCUUCUUCUUCUUCCUCCUCGCAACAGGUUGUGAACCGCCGCCAAGAUGUCCGAGAAAAAGAUGACUAACAGCCGCAGGCAUCAUCUGAAGAGUCUGAUCCUUCAGAUCGCUGCCAACUGGAUCGAGCAGGAGAAAGCUGAACUUGUCGUGGCGAAGGAGGCCUACAUGGCCGAACACUGUCCCGCCCCAGAGAAGAGCGGAGACCAGGCCGCCCUCAUGGAAAUAUGCAGGAAGAUUCACGCCGCCAUCGACAAGAUUGAUGACGAGAGGUACGACGUCGCGUCCAAAGUGCAGAAGGCCGACAAAGAGAUUGAAGACCUGAAGAUCAAAGUGGUGGAUCUGAUUGGUGUGAAGAAACCUGCUCUGAAGAAGGUGCGUAUGUCCGCUGACUCCAUGCUGCAGGCUCUGCUGGGCUCCAAACACAAGGUGACCAUGGACCUGAGGUCCAACCUGAAGCAGGUGAAGAAGGAGGUGAAAGAGGAGCCUACAGAAGCGGUGGGCGACUGGCGUAAGAACAUUGAGGACAAGGCUGACAGGAAGAAGAUGUUCGAGACCUCCUAAACGUGCCGCAGCUGUUGUUUUCUUUCUGUUUAUAUGAAUUCCACGUGUCUCAUAUCUGUUGGUUGAACCAGGCGGUGGUGUUUUGUUGUUUUCGGUGAGGUCACACAGGGCUGAGCAGCAGGUUAGCAUAACUGAGAGGAGUCAUGGGGGGAUGAUGUGUGAGAGGUCUUUUCUUUUUCUUUUUGCACUUUGUUGUUUUGUCUUGGAGGAAGGAGAAGGAACGUCAGGUGUUUUCUGCAGGUUCACGUACCAACACGAAGUCUUAAAACUCCACACGGUCAGAGAAACAUUCACACAAACGGAACCAUGUCGAAUAAAAACAAUAAAAAAAAGUCAAAUGUGGA